AGGAGUCACACAAGAAACAUCUCUUAUUUCCACCACUGUGUAGGUGAUGUGAUGGGCAGGUGUCCGCAAACUUUUGGCCAUAUCAGCGUAUUAGUGAGGUAAACUGUUACUGCACAGUUGCACUGAAAUAGAAGUAUAAACAAAAAAAACAAUCUGGUAAAGCUGCUGAUUGUUAAAUGCGGUGUAGGCCAAAGGAACACCUUCAGCCCGUGUCCGUGUUGACGUGAACGAGCGUACGUACAAUACCAACUUCACGUACUGUGAAGGCUGAACAGCAAACAUCUGGUUAUUCAGAUGAUCACGCGAUUAGUGUGAAGCGACAAUAACAGUGUAUAAGCCGUGUCACCAAACACAGCCCUGGAGAGACAAACAGAUACCACACAGUUAUAUAGUGACCUGAAGGGGGUGCUAAUGGACUGUCUUUGAUGACGACACAGAUAGAUAGAUAGAUAGAUCUAGAGAGAUAGAGAGAGAGAGAGAGCGCGCGCGGGAGAGAGGGAGAGAGAGAGAGGGAGAUGAAAUAUGAGCACAAUGUAUCAGCUGGUAUGAAUAAUGAGCUGCAUACGAGGAUAAACACGAGGUUUGACUUCCUACACUGCAGCGGAGUCUCCGCCCACAAACACACGCACACACACACACACACCCACGCGCGCGCCCACACACGCACACACACCUCAGCAGCACAAUACUCUCGCCUGUUUUUGGUAACAGUGUUACAGAACGCAGUAAAGACGCCUCGCGCUCUGUGACCAUGUUUGCGGAAGUAGAUCAGAGUGUGUAGCAGGGAUGUAGCAUCGUCCUGUUCCAUUUGAUCUCCAAAACAAAGUCUGAAAUGGAUCAGAAGCAAUGCUGGACGCUCUGAGAAGACACUACCUGUUCAUGUACAACCUGCUUCAGUUCCUGGGCUUCUCCUGGACCUUCAGCCUCCUGACAGCCAACCUCAUCCUGCAUGGUCAAGGUGCUUUGUACGAUGCGUUUAGCUCCUGUGCCGCUGUGCUCUACGGCUGUCAGAUGUUGGCGGUACUGGAGGUGAUUAACGCAGCAGUCGGUCUUGUUAAGACUCCCGUCUUCCCCGCCAUGAUACAGGUGAUGGGGAGGAACGUCGUACUGUUUGUGGUUUUCGGCAGUUUGCCAGAGAUGCAGGAGCGCAGUGUGGUGUUCUGGGUUUUUUACCUGUGGAGCAUCUCUGAGGUCUUCAGGCUUGCGUUUCCCGUGCUGAGUCUCGAUGCCAAGUUCGUGAUGCUGAUCUGGCUCCGCCAUGCGCUGCUGUAUCCUCUCACCACUCUGACAGAAGCUGUUGCCGUGCUCCAGUCUCUCCCGCUGUUUGACCAGACCAGACUCUUCAGCGUACCUCUCCCCGAGACCGUGGGCUUCUCGGUCAGUUUCUCCUUCUCGCUCCGGCUCUACCUUCUCCUCAUGUUUGUUGGAUUUUUCAUAAACAUUAGACAUCUGGUGAGCCCGACCGGAAGAUCCUUUCGGCUGAAACCGCACACUGACUGAUAAGUUUACAUGGCAAAAAGGAUGUUUCAGAGCUUUUUUUUAACCCCUCAGAGCACAUAAAUUGGUAUCACUGUGUACAAGACUUGUACUCAGGUAGGAGGCGUGGCUCAACAUUUAAAGGCACAGCUGUACGGUAUUAAAGGAUUUAUUUUAAUUUGAUUUGUAUGUGUGUGUGUGUAUAGAUAUAUAUACAUGUAUUUUAAAAUGUAUUUAUUCUGCUAUUUAUACUUUUCACAUUAUAUUAUUAUUAUUAUUAUUAUACUUUUCACAUUUCGUCAAAAUCAGCUUAGUACAAUAGUAGAAACGUGUCAAGAACGUCUGACUCUAAUGUCUUCCGCGUCCAGCACACAGUUUUUUUCCUGGUAGUGAGACAGCAGUCUUUUCCACAGCUCGCUGCACUUCAAUAAGUGACGAUUACCUGCAAAAUAUAAACACGUUCUCCAUUUAUAAUUAGCUCUAGUUUUUAACAUCAAAGGUUUCGAAAAGUGUGGAGAAUUUGGGAUGUAUUCACUUUGACAUUGACGGACGCUGUGGGGCGACAUGCCGGAACAGUAACUCUGUCUCUUGUGUGGUUUUAAUAUUAUAUAUCUGCAUCUAAUUAUCAAUUACCUUGUACAUUUCCCUCGGGAUGUUAAGUGAUACGUCUUUCUCUCUCUCUCUCUCUCUCUCUCUCUCUCUCUCUCUCUCUCUCUCUCUCUCUUUCGCUCUCUAUCUAUCCAUCUAUUUAAUUCAUCAUUUAUUACCGAAUGGACUUCCUUCAUUAAUUUUUUUCCAAAACGCUUUUUGAAUAAAGUUCUCUUUUAAUGCUC